UCAUCGUCGCAUUUUUAGAGUGGAUUCCAUACAUGUUUCUUAACUUUUUUUUAGUAAAAAAAAAAUUGUUUUAUUCACAAACAUGUAAAACGACUCGUGGGUGGACAUGCGUUUUUCACAAAAUGCUACCAGAUGGCUACAUGUAAAACUGUAUAACCAUUUUCUUACGUCACUAAAACAUUCAAAAAAAUGUGUUAAACGGGAAAUAUUCUCAGUGUAUUAAAGAAGCUUAUAUGAUCACACUUAUCUCUCGUUUAUAGUAAAAUACAUUAAUGACAGUUGAUACUCAAAAGUUUGAAUAUUUUGGUGAAAAUCAUCUGAUAACAUUGAAAACGUUGUUGCUUGUCAUUUCUAUUCUAAACGUCGUAAAGUCGAAAUGCUUCUUUAAAAUAAAUAUGGUUGAAUGAUACAUGAACGUACACACGUGUGGUUUAUAUCGGAUAUUAAGAUUUGCGUGCGUUUUUCCAAUUGUAAAAGGAAGGAACAGUGAAAGUAUAGAGUAACGUUUAAAAAAAGGAUAGCUGCUAGCAGCUGAAAUAUCAGCUGCGUCAGUUAAAUGAAACCGAUUUAUAUUUCGUUAAAUAAAGUUUUCGAUUCUUAAAAAAACAAAUUUAUGGAUCAGAAUUUGUGCGGAACCGAGCCUCCUGCUAUUUUAAGCUUAGAAACGUUUUUGCAUGCGAGAACGAAAGAGUUGAAAACAUUGAAAGCGGCUAUAACCGAACCAAAGUCGCAUAAUAAACGAAGUUUUCAAUUACUUCCAAAAUGGAAAAGAAGAAGAGCUCAAUCGCACAAUCCUUACCGUAUACCUCGAGCUUAUCGUAAUGGUAUAUUAAAAGAACUAAGUCGAAAUUUUCCUAAAACUUCGCGGCGGCAGCGCUGUGAUACUCGUCGCACACGUAACCGUUUGCUGUCUUAUCGAAAGCGAUCCGGAAAAGCACGGUGGUUAGAAGAAACCCAUUUGUGGCACGCAAAACGAUUUCAUAUGAAGACUCUGUGGAAUUACCGCUUAGCGUAUGAAGCUUGUGAAAAACAAAAAAGGCGGGUUCACCGCUACACGUCUCAACGAGCUGUGAUUCAUGAUAAGUCGUAUACGGAAGUCAUUCAAGUUGCGGGCGCCAUAAAUGAUUUGAAAUGGUUAUUUCAAUUGUUCAAUCCAAGGGCUGUCGAUAUCAUGUUCACACCUCGAAUGUUAUUGGGAGGUUUAAAAGGAACCUUUCCCUUUUUUAAAUUGAACUCUUCUAUACCUGAACCAUUCAAUGCAUUGCAAUGGUUGCAACUCAGAGAAUUUAUAGGUCCUUUGCAGUUUUUAUGGUCGCACGUAAACUGUGAUAGAAAGCGUGGAAGUAUUUGGCUAUUUUGCCACCCAGCUAUAACAAAUCAAAUCCUUUUAAAUUUACGUUCCGGUAUUCAUCAUCGCCUUCAACACAAGAGUGACAUGUUAACAAACGAUGACUUAGCUAUAUUGAAAAUUGAAAUGAUGCGCGGUAUAACAAUUUUCGAAAUAUCGGGUCGGCUUUCCUUACAAGUGCUAAUGUCACUGUUUCAUCUUUCUGAUCCUUCUAAGGUUCAUAUCCCCCCUUCGGCAAAUAACUACAUGUGUGGUAAUGAUGUUUGGAAAAUUCUACGCCCUAUUGCAUGUCUUGAUCCGCAAAUCUCCCCUGGUCUUGUGAUACCGCUGUGUAUAAAAAUUCCAGCUGUACUGGGUCCUUUUCCUUCAAUUUCCCCACAAUUGUCUUUACCUCGUCAAUAUGAAUCUGAUACAAAAAAUUUUCAUUCGCUUGUUCUUUCUUGGCCUUUGGCAACACUGGGAGCACAGAUUGCUGAACAUUUUUUAAAAAAAACAUCAUCAGAUGAACCGAAAUCGCGUGUAAAAGUAACUUUUCGUAGUCGUAAGCGUAAAAACAUUUCAAAACUCAUUCAACAUCUUGUAUUUAUCCAAGACCAAUAUAAACAAUUAAAAAAAAAAAAGAAAGAACCAAUCAACCCACUUCUACAGGAGGAUUUUAAUAGAGCUGUGACCAAGGAAUGUGCGAGGUUCGAAACCGAGGAAACGACAGUUUUGAUUGUACGGCGUUGUGACACAACACCUGGAAAUGGGAGCUACAACGGGUAUGAGAUAAUUUUCUUACCAGGCUCCAAUGCUACAAGAUUUUGGACAUUAAUGACUCGAAACAAGAUUUGUGCGAUUGGUGUCGUAGAUCGCCAUAGAUUGCUUACUGCCGCUGGAGUUCCAGAAUUCCCUUGGGAUUAUCCUUGUACACAGGCUGGACGUCUUCAAGCGUUGCAUGAUGGAAAGUCUCUUUUCAACAUUUAUAAAAGUCGCCCUGCAUCUAAACGUGUGAAUUUUGCAGCACAAAGUUUUCCGUAUCCUUUCUGUCCGAAUUGGAAUCAUAUAUUGGAUAAAACAAACAAAACUAAAACUAAUAUUUUAUAUAAUCCUUUAUUAAAUAGAGAAACCAGUACUUUUUGUGUUAUACGGCCUUUUCAUAACUUGUCUUUAUGGGAGUUCUCAAGCUGUUUGCAUGAACGCCCUUCAUGUAACAGUUUUCUCGCUCAAUGUCAAAGCAUUGGGCACGUAAUAUGUACUCUGUUGCUACUGCCGACAAAUGAAUCUGCUCUUCAAUUUUUAAAGAAUUUUCUUAGCUGUUCUUGUAUUGAUAAAGCAUGUAUUGCUGUUCGCGUAAUUUCUGCUCAAAAAUCUUUACCUAAACCUCGAUCGCAUUUAUAUAGUAUGGAGGCAUCCAUGAUGGAUGCUUUAGAUGCCCAAACAAAUAGGAAAGUGUACCUUGAAAAAUUUUGGGUGCCUUUCUUGAAAAGUCCAGCGAAACACUCAUCUUUCACUGCAAAAGUAUCUAUUGAAAAAGAAUUUAAGCAUAAGAUACUAAAGAAAAAAACUCAGCGAGUACCAUUUGAUGAAUUAGGCCAAUUAGGAAAUAAUAGUAAAGAGUUUCAGCAACUUGUAGGAUUCAUAACGUCAGGCGGUCAAAGUUUUCGUUAUGGCCACGGAUUAGGAUUAGGUUGUGUGACACUAGAAAGCCUUUUAAAAAGCAUUCUCCAGCUUCGUCUUUGCUUUGGAACAUUAAGCGUGAAUUGUUUAAAGUCAAGUGUUAAAAGGCAAUUAGAACGUAUUUUGCGAUUUGCCCCGUCGGAAGCUCAAAUUUCGAAAACAUUAGGAAACAACAUUUUUUCUCAACUGUUCGUACCGUAUUGGUUUCGUAGUGACACUUCAUUAAUGUUUAAUAUGUGUUGGAUAAAUGUUCUUACUGAUGAACCACAAUGUUAGUGACAAUCUUCAAAAAAAAAUAGCAAUGAAAAGAUAUAGAAACGAAGAAUCUUAGUAAAUUAUAAAAUGUGUUGAAUCGAGAUACGUAACAAGCCUUGUUGUACCAAAUCAGUGAUUUUUUGACUGUAUGCACUGUGAAAAAAGCGUUGACUUUUGAAGAAUGGACCUGUG